AUGCCACCUCCGGCACCGGGAUCCAACGACACCCCCGUUGCCGAGCGCUGGGCCUCACUGCCUGAAGAUCUGAUCCGCCUCGUCUCGUCGCGCGUGCUCGCCGGCGACCUGCUGGACUACGUGCGCUUCCGAGCCGUCUGCGGCAGCUGGCGGUCCGCCACCGCCUCCCCUCGCGGUCGCGGCGUCUUCGACCCGCGCUUCCACCCGCGCCGCUGGAUGAUGCUUCCCGAGGACCACGGCCUUCACCCCGGCCACCCUCACCUGCGCGGGUACAUCCGCUUCCUCAACCUCGACACGGGGACCUUUGUCCGCGCCCACCUCCCUCUCUUCAGCGACCACUGCGCCGUCGAUUCGGUCGACGGCCUCCUCGUCCUGCUACGGGACCAGGAUAGCGCCGUCCGCCUCGUCCACCCUUUCACUGGCGACAUCGUGGAGCUCCCACCACUGGCGACCGUCCUCCCGCAGCUAGGCAUACUGCUGGAUAGCUUACCCGCGCCACACAGGAUCAAAAGGCUCGCGGAGUCAAUCUGUUCUUCUGUUUCCUUCAGCGGUGGGACCAUCACCGUUAUGCUUGCACUUCACCGUUAUGGACUCUGUCACCCUGGACCAGCAAUGGACUCUGUCAAGCUGGAGAUUUUCCAGAUUGAUCCACCUGUGAAGGAGGGGGUGGGCUCAGGUUAUGUGCUACACCCCCCGAAAUUGAUUGCCACAGUCCCUGAUGGCAACCUCAUUAUGCCUGUUCAUCUGGUAGAAUGUGACUCGGAGGUCCUGGUGCUUGGUUACAAAGAUAUGACCUGGUCUCAGAUUGCAGUUUUCAAGCUCACCGACCUUGUCAUGCAAAGGAACAGAGGGCUAGUCUUCGGAAGAGAGUAG